GUUACACAUGUGACUGAACGGACACAUUGAUUUGUUCCCUGUAACGUUCAUUUCUCUCUAAAAAAAUGGAUAGAAAGGUAGAGGUGCUUCCGAUGGUUGUGCUCCUUUUGAAUGUAUUAACAACAAUAUGUAGAGGGGAGCACCUAAGACUUAACCCGGCUUUGUCCUACCUGGUGAAAGCGGAAGGAGAUAAGCUACAGUUGGAAUGUAUCCACGAAUACAAUGUCACGGCGCAAGGGAGUGCAUACUUCGCUAAAAAUGGGAAAAUGUUAACAUUAGACAACGAGGAUGAUUACAUUAUAACAUCCAAGACCACAAUAAUAAAUACAGGGCUAGGGACAAAAGUAAUAAAGACACUCAUUAAAGACAGCACGACUUUAACUGACAAUGGAACAUUUGUCUGCAAGGCUGGAAACUUUGAAAUCUCAAUCAACGUCAUUGUAUUUCAAGUUACUCAAGCAAAUGCUCUUUACCAAGACAACGCAACUGAGGUAGAGCUAGGAUGUGCUUUGGAAGGGCUAAGUCCUGGAAUUCCUAUCGAUUUUUACUGGUACAGGCAAGGUGGUGCUAGGCUCCACGGCGAUCGAUACAACAUAUCAAACAAUUGGAAACUGCGUAUCGAAAAGCCAACUCUCUCGGACAUCGGAUCGUACAAUUGUUCAGCCAAUUUCUAUCCUAAGACAGAAGAUGAGCAAACAUUGUUCCUCACGUCGGUCUAUCUCAAUGUUUCCAGCAUUUGCGGGUGGGGUAAGAUUUUCACAUCACACAUGUAGGUUUCCGGUCCAUUGUUUUGCCAGUGUCAUUAUUAUGCAGAUUGGUGGGAGUUUAUGGGCGAGUGAUUGUUGUGUUCGAUUGGUGGCACUCUAUUAAUAAGAUAAUGAAACAGUAUUUGUGCUUUUCCUCUGACAUUGCAGAAUAUAGAAAAGAAGUUCGUUUCGCGGUCACAUGACCACCUGACUGUAGAUAAACAUCACGUGGUCUACUAUCCUAAUAAACUUAAGUUUACACGGCACCUUGUUAUAGGACCGACUUGUAUGCUAGUGACAGAAAAAAAGAGCGUCUAUCUAAUGAAGAAAUCAAUCUGAAACAAAAUUGUUAAUUGGCUUAGUCUAUCUAAAAUCUUUAUAUACAUCAGUAAGAAUAUGGUUUUAAAAGUAAAGUGGAAUGGACUACUAAAACUACACACGAGAUUAAAUCCAAUAUUUAAUUAAAACAGCGCCUACACGGAAAACUUGGCCAAUGCGAGACACCUGAGUCAUAAAGAAAUAUAACCAUUUGGAUUGGUUUGAAAAUGGACGAAUACGGAAACCAAAUGUUUGAUUAGUUUAAUACCAGAUUUUAAACGGGAUCAAUUCAAUUGUAAAUAACACAUUGUGGUAUUUUUUAAAGAUGCACUCUUACUCCCAGAUAAAAUUUACCACAAUUAAUAAUAUAGUAUUAAUAUACCAAACAUGGUGGAUAAAUGUUGAAAACAAUAGUUCUUAUGAAAGAUACCGAGUUUAAUUUGAAAGAAAUGUGCAGAAAACACGGUAUAUCUAUCUUAGCAGACUAUCACAGUAAUUAUUUCAGCAUUCACCAAUCAUUUAAUAUUUUAACGUUUUCAGAUAUCAAAUACACGGUUACAAUCUUGUUAUCAGUAAUUAAUAUUUUCCAUUUAAUGCAUUAUUUAGUAAGUAGUUUAAGGUUAAUCAGUCAAAUUUGAUGUAUGUUAUACAUGUGUAUGUUUUGAUUUUGAAUGAGAGUGUCACUUUAACCAAAUGUUUUUAUAAAACCGUCUACGAAAUGUUCAAGUACUUUGUUUUUACCUUAUUCAUGAAAUCUGUAAUGGUGAUUUCAAACUGUGUGCUGUUCGUAUUGGCCCGAUGCAGUAGCCAAUUCCGUUAAUAAUAGCAGCAGAAUAAUUUAUAUUUUCUAUUUACAUAUCAGCUGGACCAAGAAUACUCAAUAUUGAAUGCAUAAAUCAAUUUCCACUAACACUUAAAUGUAACGUUGCCGGUUAUCCACAACCAAACGUCACGUGGGAACAGGAUGGGAACCAACUAAAAAGCACUAUCGAUUCGUUUGACGUA